AUGGACGAAGGUCGGAGGCUAGCCCCACCGGGAAGCAUUCCUCCGCCGGAUGAGCGCGUUAUACCCGCGUCACGGCGACCGGACGGAACGCUGCGGAAGGAGAUUCGUGUGCGCGCGGGAUACGUUGCGCAGGAGGAGGUGGCGACCUACGUGGCCCGCGGAUCACGUCCCAAGGGAGGUGGCCCGGAGCUUCCUCCCGGUAUGGAUCCUGAACUGGCUGCGGAGAUGCAAAAGAAGAAAGCAGCUGCAGCAAAGAAGAAGAAAAAGGCUCAGGGAGUUGGAGGAGGUGUCAGUUCGGCUGGUGGUAUCUCCAACAGGCGAAAUUCAGUCCAACAGGAAGCUAACAGCCAGCUUGCAGAGGCUAUGGAUGACCUCACUGUAUCCAGAGCAAAUAAGCAUGAAGGAGGUGCAGAUAGCAGAGCAGAAGCAACUCAGUCUGGAUCGAAUGGUUCAGUUUGUGGUAAAGCCGAGAUCGAAAAGAAGAUACGUGCACUGAAGAAAAAGAUUCGCCAGGCAGAGGCACUGGAAUCUGCUGAAAAUCUGUCUUCUGAGCAAGUGGAGAAGCUUAAAAAGCUUCCGGAUUGGCGCUCAGAGGUUGAAGCAAUGGAGCAACAGUUAGCCAGCAUCUAG